AUGAAUAUUUGCGUAAUUUUUAUUUCAUGGUGUUUAAUUGUCUGUGUACAUGCUAAUUUUAAUGUUGUUCGUCAAAUUCCCAAUACAACGGUUUCAACAGCUACAAAUCAAUUUAUUCUUGAAAUCAGUCAAGCAGUCAACCAGCCACUGUUUCCAGCAUUUAUUUAUUUUAAUAAAGCAACAACAAAUACGUCGAUCUAUCAAAUUUCUGCACAGACAGGUGGAAAUGUAACGUAUUCAAAUAAUGCACUCGCAUUUAAUUUAUCUGUUGCUACGAAAUUUAAUAUAAGUGAUGAAUUUUAUAUAACAUUCGAAGCUGGCGUCUUAUUUUCAAAUGCUACAUUAAAUUCAACAUCUAUGACUAACUCAAGUUUUUGGUAUUUGAAAGUUAUCGGCAUUCAAACAAGCACGAGUUCCCCAACAUCACAAUAUACAUCAAUGCAAACUACUUCUCAAGGAACGACUGCUUCGUCGAUGGCUUAUAGUGCUACCAGUACAUUUAUUAUGACAACAAUGAUAAAUACAUAUACUUCAAUGAAUCAAACAGCAGCAAAUUUAAAUAUUACAACGACAACUACUGGAAAUAUCCCAGGUGAAUCUCCACCAACUCGUUCCGCACAGUUGGGUAUGGGUUUAGGCAUAACAUUUUUUUCCAUCUUAGUGAUCAUUGAACUAUUUACUGGUCGAUAUCACAUGGAGGUUUUACUUGCUGCAGGUGUUGUUGGUAUAGCUGGCUAUGCCUUGGGAAAACGAAGACAACGUAAUCAAAUAGCCAAUGGGUACAUAACACUUCAUAACAAUGGAAGCAGCACACCACAACAAUAUGGUAAUCUUCAUUAUGGCAAUACAGGCAAUCAUCAUAGAUCUCCGGCAAAUUAUCAACAACGUCAUCAUCAUCAUCAAACGGUCUCUCACGCCACUACAAUGAUACCUUAA